UGGGGACCUUACUAUACAAAAUCUUCAUAGGUAUUCGGAUGUCAAAAGUAUACACGGUCUGGCCAACCUACUUAGUGGGCCAAUGAGAAGGCCAAGACCGACCCUGAAGAUUUGAGACUUUUGGGGAAAUUAUUCCACGUUUACCCAGGCGCUCGGGGCACUCAGCGCAAAACGGAACCCCCUGUUCUUCAAGAUCCACGUUUGGCUCCGCCCGCACCUUGACGAUUGCCCGCCGACAACCACAGCUCGCAGGGGGGGAGACAGCAGGACCAUUGAGCGGCGUGGGAUCGGAUCAAACAAGCACAUGGCUCCCAGUCAGUUUCUCUCCAAACCCCAAGGGACGACACCGCCAACCCCGGCCAUUGUCGCGCCCGACGAAAAUCCAGGCGAGCCCUCGUUCCAAUUCACUUGCGACGACUACGACCACGACCGAGAUCACGAUCACGAUCACGAUCGAGACCACCAAACAACCAUUGACCCACCAGUCGCGAAUACCCCGGAGCGCAGACCCUCUCUGAGUCCGGCCGCCCUCCUCCAUCCCCACCACUCGCCUUCGUUGCGCCCUCCGACCCCUGAGUCUACCUUCGCCAUGGCCACGGAGGAUGGGCUUGCCAAUGUGGGCUCGAAUGGGCCUACCGCAAAGAACCCAUUCAACUUUCAGACUCAAUUUAUCUCCGCAGGGCCAGUCAAGUCAAAUAUUGGGCAACGACGAGGCCACCGUUACAAACACAGCUCGAUAAGCGCACAACACCAAAUCUUCCAAGAACCACCUCCGCGACCACCUCCCGUACUACCGGCCUCCCUUCCCAUACCAACCCUCCGAGAAGCAUGGGCUAGCAUGCAGAGCGGCCAGCGCGCCCGCCUCUGGUGGUGCUGUUGCCACGCGGCCGUCGCCAUGUACGUCUUUUUCGGCGCCGAAGGCUCCCUCGCCAUGACGGCGCUGUCGCACCUCGUCUUCUUCGACGUCGGGUCGGCCGCCGUAUGCGUGGCGGUCGACGUGCUGGGCAACUUCGAAGUCUGGCGGCGCUCCAGCAUCCGACACCCCUUCGGCCUACAGCGCGCCGAGGUCCUCGCGGGCUUCGCCAUGUCCGUCUUCCUCGUCUUUGGCGGCUUCGACCUCAUCUCCCACAACCUCAAACACUUCCUCGAGACCGUCGGCGAGCACGCCCCACACCACCCCUCCGUAUCAUCAACCACACACCCCAGCGGCGGCGAAGGCCCCCUAGACAGCCACGGCCACACCCACAGCGCGCGCUACAUCACCCCCGGCACGGUCGACUUCACCUGCCUGGCCGCGGUGGUGAGCACGCUGGUGAGCGCAUACGGGCUGCGCAACCACGGGCGGAUCCGGCGGGUGAUGCGGGUGCCCUUCCCCUACCUAGCACGACUGCUCCCGGGCGCGGGCAUCCUAGCCAACCCGUUCCACUUCCUAACCCUCUGCUUCUCCUUCCUCAUGCUGCUCCUCCCCCUCCUCAGCGUGCCCCACCUCGUCUGGCUCGACCGCCUGAUCUGCGCCGCCAUCGCCGCCAGCAUGUUCGUCCUCGGCACCCGCCUCGCCGUCGCCCAGGGCCUCAUGCUGCUCAUGAGCUACAGCGACCUGUCCGUCUCCCCCACCUCCGGCCCGGCCACUACGGCCGCUACCAGCAGCAGCAACAACGCCAAACCCGCCCUCACCUUGAACAACAACAGUGGCAGCAGAAACCCCAACAAAAACGACUCCGCAACCGUCUCCUCCGUCGUCCGCGAGAUCGAAGCCGAGCCGCACGUCGCGCGCGUCGAGGAGGCGCAGUUCUGGCAGGUGCACUACGGGCUGGGGAUGGCCAACCUGAAGGUACGGGUGGCCAAGGGGGGUAGUGGCGUCGUCGGCGGCGGUGGCGGGGGAGCAGACGAGGACGGGGCGCUGAGCCAGCUGCGCUCGCGCCUGGCGCGGGUGGUGCAGAACCGGCUCGGGGAGGGGUACGGGCGGGGCGGGAACUUGCGGUGGGAGGUUACGGUGCAGACUUGUAGUAGUGAUGGGUAGGAGGAGGGUUGUAACUACUUGGUGUGUUUUUUUUGGUUGGGUUUGGGGUGGGAUGGUUCAAUAAUAUCACACGGUUUUUUGAC